GUUGCCUAGGCAACCAGUGAAUGUAUUCAUCUCCCAGCACUGGUGUGUUUCUAUUUUGUGUUCUCAUUUGUGCGUGUUUAUUUUAUAGAGCUCUGUUGGUUGAUUUUUCAUAUUUUGUAAUUGAUUAUUUCUAUAUUGCCAAGUAAUUUGUACAAAUAAGGAUUCAAAAAAAUUGGCCUUCGCUGCAACCGAUCGAGUGACUCUGGGUUGACGGGCGUCUGCAAUCAGUGAUAAGUGUCCCAUUCUGAAAUUACGUUCACUCUAGAUUCGAAUUUUCCACCCCGUGUCUACUCUAGGCCAGCACAAAGUAGAGAGGAAUUUAUUCAACUGUAUUGACGAUAUGGAAGGAGGUCUUCGAUGGCAGUAAUAUUUCUUUCGUUUACCGAGAUGUUUGGACGUCCAAUGAAUGAAUAGUACUCUAGUGAUGUUCUAGCUGCUUUAAAAAUAUUGAUCCAGCGAUAAACAGAAUUUUCAUUUUCGUUAAAUUGUCCUUCUCAAAUAUCGGAUCCGUGUAUAACAAUCGUUGCCCAUUUCUGGGAUUCUGCAUUAUUUAAUUGCAAGGGAAAGUUUUGGAACUAUUUUGAACACGGAAACGGAAAACCAAAUACAGACCUUCAAUUUUUAACUCUAAUAUGAGGACGUCCUACAUUUAAUUUCAACACGUGGUCCAUUUUAAAAUGUAAGGUAACCAGCACCAGUCCGUCAGAACUGUCGAUUUUCAACGAAACAAGAAGAUGCAAACACGCACUCAGAGCAGGUCCGAGAUCGAAGUAUAUUUGGAACGCUUUUACACAAAUUAACAAACUACAACGGACGUUAUUAGCAAUCGUCGGGCGACUUUAAUGACGUAAUACCGGGCACGUCAAUCAGUCUUAUUCAAGUCGGUAUUUAAGUCUUCUACGGCACUGCUGUUUUCGUUAUUCACCCCUAUUGCACCCGGAUGAUUCUUGGCGGUAGCAGGGGGCAGGGGCUGCUGCAAAAUAAGGAAAUUCCAUCCUGAUGGCAGAUCGCGAUUCUAAGAAAAUUGAUAGUCGAACUGACUCCGCGGAAAUUUCACGAAGACAUAAUAUACCACUUACUCAGUCAUCUGCACCAGCAUCUGCGUCUUCCAAGAUGACUGGGUCAUCUAUUGGUACCGCCUUGGGUCCUAAACUGGAUCAAAUUGAAAUAUCACCCACCCAAAUAACUAGGAGAACAACGUUAAAAGAAAACUUGCUAAUAGAUGGAAAAAUCAGCAUAUUCUCACAAAUAGAAGGUCACAGGGAAGCUCUAUGCUGUAAAUACAAUGAAGAAUAUGAUUAUGUGGCGGUAGGAUACUCGGACGGAGUUAUUAAAAUGUAUCAGAGUGAUAAUGGAGAGCAUGUAUUUACUUUAGCUGAUUCUGAUGUUUUUGAAAACAGAGCACCAGUUACUUGCAUUAAACACAGGCCAGUAUCAAAGAUAUAUCCCGUUACACACUGUUAUACAGGAACAUAUGCGAAUGGUUGCGUAAAGUGUUGGAGUUAUAAUUUUAAUGAAUGUUUGUAUACAAUUAGAGAAAAACGUCAAACGUUUGGGAUUACUUAUCAUCCUCGUUUCCCAAAAUUUGUCACAUAUGGAGAUGACUUGAAAGUAUACUUUUAUGAUGAAGAAACUAGAACCCAAGAGCGUGUGUUGACAAGCAGUGAUAACAAAGACCUUCAUGAUGGUCAUAUGUCCAGAGUGUUUGCCGCCUGUUUCCAUCCUAAAAACAACUAUGAACUGUUAACAGGGGGUUGGGAUAAUGUGGUCCAAUUCUGGGACCUUCGACAGCCUCAUGCAAUCCGGCACUUGUCGGGACUUCACAUUUGUGGUGAAGGAAUUGACAUCAAUCAAAGGGGGACGGAAAUUUUGAUUUGCUCGUGGCAAAAAGGAGAUCCUAUUCAAAUAUUCGAUUAUGGUAGUGGGCAGCGAUUGUAUAGUUUAGAACCGGAUAUAUAUAAUAGCAAGUUGUACUGUGGAAAAUAUGCAACAAAAGAUUUUGUGGUUUGCGCUGGGACUGAUCCGAAUCUAAUAAGGAUAAUAGAUCUACAAACUUCGGCGACGUCGGCCUUUAUAAGUCAACUCCCAGGAGCAGUUUAUGCUUUGGAUUUAGGCCCCAGCAAACUCAGAAAAGAAACCAAACAAGAGAAAGCAUCUGUAAAAAGUGACCCAGCCAUUAUUCCUAAAAUAGCAUUCGUGUCGGCCAAAAGGCUCUAUCAAGUGGAUUUUUUCUAAUUUAAUGGGAAUAAAACCAGCUUUCCAAA